AUGCGUAUCUCCUGGACACGCAUUUUGCCAGGUAAAAGAAUUCCACUCUCAGAAAAUUCUGAUUCAAAUUCAAACUUGGACAUAGGCUCUCAAACGGAUUUUUCUCAUCCACACUUUCCCGAUUUUUCAAAUGAGUCUUUGCCUAGAUUGGAGGCAAAUGAUCUUCCUUUUCCCCAGUUUCACGAUAUUGAACAGUCUCGUAUUUUAUCAAUCCUCAGAAGUACUACAGAAUCUGACCGCAAGAUUAGUAUUCAUAGAUUUGCGCAGCACUUGUGCAUUGUCUACGAAUACCAAAUAGGAUUCCUCCAAGGCUUAAAAGCAGUGCAUAGUGCUGCAGACUACGUUGCCGAGGUCCUUAUAAGAUCAAUCCAAAGUGGACGCAUAUCUUCCUUCUCUCCGAAUGAGCUUACACUGCAGCUACUUCAUGACUCUGGCUGUAGGCCAUCUUCUCAAACAAAGUGCAUUAAAACCUCACCCAUGACUGGCACCGGUGAGCAACUUUCUUGGCGGCUUGGCGAAAUUUGGACUCGACCUGGCCUUCGACAUAAUGAAGUUGGUGGUGAAAACUGCCACAACUUAAAUAUUGUGACACACUUUUUAGCACCAUGCUCUACUGAGCUGGAAAUCAAGCGGCCUGAUAUCUACGGGUAUCGCAACCUAAUUGUCCUUCCCAAUACGGAACCAUCUACCUUUUUUUCAGAUGUGUAUGAAAACGCUAACCUGAAUGGCGCCACUGUUUUCACGAAUGAUAGCAGUAUAAUGGGAGCGAGGUCUGGCUAUUACGAUAUCUUUGUGCCUGAUGAAGAAACCAUUGCCGUUCAAAAGAUAGAUAAGUCACCAAGUUCUCCGGUUCGACGAGGAGAUGUCAUUAAACGACAACAAGGCAGCACCUCCAUAGAGCCUAUCGACCCGUUUUCCUUUGUAAUUUACGAGCGACCAAGCGUGAUUGAUCAUCUAACUGAAUGCGAGUCAUUUGCAGCCUUUUGCAAACGCCAAAAUAUUUGUCCAGUUAUGUUUCUCAACCAGGAAACUGAUUUAUUUGAGGGGCGCGUCUGUACAAGUUUAUUUCAAAACUUUGAUAUUUUUUGCCUUACUACGAAUGGUUACAUGUCAAAGGCUUUGCCUGAUGAGCCCACUGACCAUCCAGUUUCUCAAAAAUCAGGUCGAGAAAAAAGUCGCUUGCUCCGGUCCACCGAUGUGUGCCUUGUUACCGGUGAUCAUACGGAGGAAGCAUUGCCGGUUCGUGAGUGGAAGCUUUACAAAGGUAACAGGGCACGUAUAAGGGUAAAAAUUCAGCAGCUGGUAUAG